UCGCUGCCGUAGUGCCGUCUUUCCGCCGCGGCCGUCGUCGUCACACGUUUAUUAUUACUAUUUAUUGUUGUUAUUAUAAUAUUUCCCCGUUUUGUUCGAUACAGACACACGAGAUUUCUUUGUGUGACCACGGCGGUGUGUGUGCGCGCGCCACGAACUCCGUUCCUCGGCGCCUAGCGACCGCGACCGCAUUGCCAUCGCCACCGCACACACACGACCACUGUGCUCUGGCGCACCGACGGGACGCGUUGAACCUGUCGGCGGAGUACGGCGCGACAUGAGCAUUGCGAUCUCCUCCGUGGCGUUGCGGUCGUCGUCCGGACAGAACGUACUCGACGUGUCUGCGGCUCGUAUCUGGGCCAGUGCGCUCGGCGGGUAUGUACCCUUGUGCGCCGUUGUUCUAAUGGUGGUCGUCGGCUGACGUGCCCGCUCCGACUUCGUCGUUCUUUGUACGAUAUUUUUCAGUCGUAGUCGCAGUGUGUGUGUGUUCUCGAUGUACUACCUGUAAUAAUAAUAAUAAUAAUAAUAAUAUUGAUAUCUAAUGUCUAAUAACGUCGUCGUGUUGCCCGGGUAUUACGAUUGCCACUAUUAUUUUAGUAGUCAAUAAUCGAACGGAGACUUAUGCAUUAACGUCUCAGUCAUGCAAGAAAAACUACCCAUAUCUGAUCCUUCAGAUACGCAAAUGGUUUCGCAGUAUCCAAAAAUGAAGAAUGAUGAAGGAUUUUCUAGAAACACAAGCUUUUCUUCCAUGAAUUUUGACAUUUGCAGAAUAUGUCACUGUGAAGGCGACAUUGACACACCCUUAAUAGCACCAUGUUAUUGUGCUGGUUCAUUACGAUAUGUGCAUCAAUUGUGUUUACAACAAUGGAUUAAAUCAUCAAAUAUACGAUGCUGUGAACUUUGUAAAUUUCAAUUCAUUAUGCAAACCAGAACUAAACCUUUUAGUCAAUGGGAACAUUUAGAAAUGUCUGGCAUGGAGCGGAAAAAGUUGAUAUGUGCAAUGCUGUUUCAUAUAAUUGCCAUGACAUGUGUUUGUUGGUCACUCUAUGUUCUUAUGGAUCGCACAAUGGAGGAAGUUGAACGUGGACAGUUGGACUGGCCAUUUUGGACAAAGCUUAUCGUUGUGGGCAUCGGCUUUACAGGUGGUGUUGUUUUCAUGUACAUACAGUGCAAGUCAUAUUUUAUGCUUUGUCAAAGAUGGAAAGCAUAUAAUAGGGUAAUAUAUGUACAAAAUGCCCCAGAAAAACCACGCAAAAAUCAAACUUUACUUAUUGAUGUUGCUGAGAGUAGUUCAGUUGAAACUAAUGGAGUUGCAUCAAUUGUGCCUUUUAAACCACCUAUCGAACAAAAUGAUGAAACCAGUAUCGAUCUCAAAGGUGUACGUAAUGUUCAUAUAUUUUUUAAUAAUGAAGAUAAUCCCAUUAGAUUUCAAGAGGUUGACAACCGAGAACAAGAAGAUGUUGAAAAACCAAUUUCAAGUGAUACUGGAACCUCAUGGCAUAUACAGAUAGGAAAAACUCAAGGAGAAAAUCCUGAAAGUGAAUGUAAUCAGGCAGCUGUAUGUCAAAGCAAUCAGUCAGAUCCAUCAUUUUUAAAAUUGCAAAUUAAAACAGCAGAAAUAGUAAUCAAAUUUGGACAAAAUGAAACUGUUCCUAAUGAAAAUGAGUUUGACAACAAAAAUGUUAACAUUCAAAUUGAAGAAUCAAAAUCUAAAAAUGACGUGCCUGAUACCGCAAAUCCAGUUCAAAUACGAUUGGAUUUUGGAAGAGAUAAGAAUUAUGAAGACAUAGAAGAAGCCCAUGGGUCACCUUCUCAAUCGCCAUUAUUAUCAUCUAGAAGACUCUCUAACUAUAGAGAUGAUAAAUAACAACUUUAUACACUUAUUAUAAGCUAAUCUGUGAUUUAACAGAAAAUAAAACAUCAUAGAAUUUAUUUUCUUCCCACUUAGUUUAAUACAAUUUUUUUGUUUUUUUUUUUUGAGCAUUUAUUUCAAAUAAUCAUUUAUAGAUUUUUUAACACUGACAAAAAUAUAAUUUCUUCUUUUUAUAAACCUAUUUUGUGUUAAUAUUUAAGUUUUUAUGGAUUUAUUUAUGUUUAGAAGCUCAAUAUUCAUUAAGUGUGGUUAUUAUUAGGAUAUAUUUUUUUUUAUUCACAUUAUUAUUAAUAAAUACUUUUUGAUUAUGAAUGAUGAUGAUUAUGUAAAUUUUUGACCCGGCAAAGACUGAGUUACAAAUAUGUGAUGUUGAUAAAUUUCAAACUUUUGUUUUUGUAUUUCAUUUUUGAACCAACAUAUUAUAUAUUAUAUAUAUACCAAUAUCUUAUUAAUAUCAUUAAUGAUAUUAUGCAUAAAAAUUUAAAUGUUUUCAAGUUUUUUUUGAUUUAUUUUUUUUUUUGAACUUAUAACGUAAAAUAAUUUUGUUUUAAUUUUUCUUAUGAUUAUUAUUGAUUAAUAACUGUGUAUGAUGCUAAUUAUUGUAAUUUGUUAUACAGAAAAGAUUAAAAUAUGUAAUGCCACUUAACAUAGAGUUAUUGCUUAUUAUAGAUGUAUGUAAAAGAUUGAAUGAUAUAUAUAUAUAUAUAUUAUAUAUAACAUUAGUAAUUAUUAAUUACACGUAUUGUUCAUAUUUGAUUUUGUUUCUGAUAAGCAUAAGGUAUACUUUAAAAUAAAAUAAUUUGUUUUAUUUUAUUUUAUGUUAAAUACACUCUUUAAUUGUUUUGCUCUUUAAACAAUGAUAUUGAUUAAAAUAUAUAGUCUAUAUUUACAAAUAAACUAUUAUUUUUCCAUGUUAAUUAAUCAAACCUAGUUUAGGUGUGAUACUGUGAUUCCAUUAUAUGAAGAGGAUGUGACCACCAUCAGCACACUAUUCGUUUUCUCUCUGGGCUGUACACAACAUAGAAAAUCAUUUCUUAAAAUGUAUUUUAGUAAUCUGAGACUAACAUCAUCCUUUACAAAAAUAAGGUAUAAUAUUUUUGAAGUUGUAAGUGUUCAAAGCAUUUUUACUAUCCCAAAAAAUGAUGAGUGAUGACAAACACACACGAAAAAAGAAACAUUUCAUACAAUUCAUAAAUAUAUUUAUUAUUCUGUUCAGAAUCUAAUGUGUUAGAUUUAUUAUAAAAAAAUGAGUUAACAAAUAAUUACUUAAAUUUAUAAAAUUAUAUUAUACAAAUAUUUAUUCUACAUAUUUAUAAAUGACAAUAUAUAAUCAUUAUAAUGAUUACAUUAAUGGUUAACAAUAAAAAAUAUAUAAUUUAUUUAAAUUUAAAAUUCAAACAUUGAAAUGUUUUACACAAGUAUUCAAUUUUUUCUAAGAUUUUUGCAAUAAUUUGACCUAGACAAGAUCUUUAAUCAUGUCUGUGGUCGAUGAUUAACAGUUCAAUGUUUAUGAUCCAUUCUAAUCAUAGAGUAUUAUUACUCAGUAUUCUAAUAUCACCAUUCACCUAUACCAGCUACAGUUCUCAACCUUUUUUUUAAUUCGCAUACCACACUACCACCUACACAGUUUGAAAAUUCUUACGUACCACCUGACCAUUUGUUUUUUUGUUUAUCAAUAAUGUAUACGUUUAUGUUUUAUAUAAAGGGAGAUUUUCUUCGCAGUUCGCUUACCACCUAUGAACUUUCCGCGUACCACAGGUUGAGAUUUGAAAAGCGCUGACGUCUUAUACGACUAUAAAUAUUAUAAUCAUAAAAACAAUAUAGAGGAGAUAUCACAGAUUGCAAUAUUAUUCUGUGAUAAUAGUUUGGCGACAACGCUGAUUAAACGAAUUAUAAUAUUGUUAUUAUAGAAAUAUAUACAAUAUAUCUAUUACAUUACAUUACAUAGGUAUUAUUUUCGAUUUUGAUAAAAGAUCAAAUGUCAAUAGUGUCAUCGUUUUAAAACAUGUUAAUGCGAGUGUCCGCCUCGUUAUUUUAAAUAGUUUUUCGAACCACGCAACAUCCAAAGGCAUGGCGAUUGUUUUUGGACUGUCGAAACUGUGUGACCGACACUUUGCGCUCUGUUUGCUGAGAAACCAUUACAAGGUGAGUCCCGAGUAAAAUCUACCGAUUCUCCGUACUUACCAAUGGGUCGCACGGCCCGCCGCCGCUGCAAACCUAUUUCUGACCGCCCUUCCACCGGCUACCAGUUCGAAGUCGUCUCGUUGACUACUUGGAUGAAGUCUCACGGAUGGAAGCCCACCUGCCGGUUAGCGCCCGCCUAUUUUACCGACACCGGACGAGGUCUGAUGGCGGCCCAAAAUAUUGACGCAGGACAACCGCUUGCCGUCGUGCCCGGUCGCCUGGUGAUCACUGUCGACUCCGUGUCCGUGUCACCGUUUGGUAAACAUUUUACCACAGUGUACAAAACACAACAAGUGUUAGCCACAUACUUGAUGUUUGAACGACACAAAGGAUCUGAAUCGUUUUGGCAUAAUUAUAUUGUCUCGUUGCCCACAGUUCUGUCGAAUUCAGCGUACUGCUCCACCGAAAAUUUGCCCGAAGAUUUAUCGAAUAAAGUGCUAGACCAUCAAAACACUAUAUCAACGACAUUCAAUCAAAUCAUGCAUGAAAUGUCUUCCGUUGUUUGUCCACACUGUUUAGACACUUGCAAAAAUAUAUUUACAUUUGAAGUCUAUAAAUGGGCAUGGUCAAUCGUAAAUACUAGAGCUGUUUAUAUAAGUCCAGACUGUAGCUUAAAAAAUAAGAUAAAAUUGUCAGAUGUCAACAAUUUAGCACUUGCGCCAUAUAUCGAUAUGUUUAACCACUCUCCUUUGGCUUGUGUUCGGGCCACAGUCAAUAAUUUAAAUGGUGCGUACACUAUUAUAACUGAAACAAUAUUUAAAAAACACUCUGAAGUGUUUAUUAACUAUGGACCGCAUUCCAAUACUAAAUUAUUUUUAGAAUACGGAUUCGUUGUUCCGUCAAAUCCUCAAGAUUCUGUUCAUUUGUCAGCUAAUGAAAUCAUUUCAAAAACGGGCAAAGAUUUAAAUAAAAAUCGAAUGGAAAAACUUAAAACUUAUGAUUUAUUAGAAGGUCAUUAUUGUACAUCUGAUGGCUUAUCUUGGUCAACCAGAAUCUUAACAUACCUAUUAAUUUAUUCUGAUCGUUUCAAUGAUGAAGAAUUAAAAAACCGAGUGUAUGCAAAUUUAUUUGACCAAAGUGAGGUUGAAGCUAUAUCUAAAAUUGGAGCUGUUGUCAUUAAAGCAAAGUUAGAAGAAAUGAAACAAUGGGAAUCAAAUAUGUUGACCAUAUUAGAAAGUAAUCAGGCUGAGAAGUCAACUGGUUUUGUUGUUGCUACAGAACUGGUAAAGGAGAAUCGGAGAUUACUUGAAAAAUGUUUACAAUCAUUAAAUGUUAAAUAAUAAUCUAUUAAACAUAAUCUGUUGGAAAUAAAUACGUAUAUGUUAAGGUAAA